AUGUGCUAUGUUUCGGCAUGGGACUUUGUCAGAUUUAGCAAAGUUCGCUCAUGCAGAAGGAUCCACUCCCGAGCGCCAUGGCCGGGGCAGAGGUCGCAGUCCCUGUCCCAGCUCCCGACGAGUGACAUCCAUCGCCCAAUAGGGAACAGCUGUACGAGCGGAGGGCAUUUCGGUCCGAACCACCUCGGAGGUUGGGCCGUCACAUCCGCGGAGGCUUAUGAUUCGCUGGAUCCAAACGGCAACAUCACCAUAAAAUGGGAUAUUAUUUCGUGGACUCCUGAUGGUUAUGUGGCAACAGUGACAAUGUUCAACUACCAGCAGUUCCGACACAUACCUGCACCUGGGUGGCAGCUGGGAUGGUCAUGGGCAAAGAAAGAGGUCAUCUGGUCGAUGGUGGGGGCUCAGGCUACUGAGCAGGGUGAUUGCUCAAAAUUCAAGAGUGCCCCUCCCCAUUGCUGCAAGAGAGAUCCAACGAUUGUCGAUCUUCUUCCGGGCACCCCAUUCAACCAGCAAAUUGCCAAUUGUUGCAAGGCAGGAGUUAUAAAGACAUUUAACCAGGACCCAGGAAAUGCUGCAUCCUCCUUCCAGAUUAGUGUAGGUCUUGCUGGGACUACCAAUAAGACGGUUAAGAUGCCGAAAAACUUCACCCUUAGGGCCCCAGGUCCGGGGUACACAUGUGGGCGUGCUCUUGUUGGCAGGCCUACCAAGUAUUACUCGUCAGACGGGCGCAGGGUAACCCAAGCUCUCAUGGGUAUUAACAAAAGAAAUUCUCUAUUGGCAGUGUCGUGGAAUGUAACCUGCACAUACUCCCAAUUUCUUGCUCAGAAGACUCCCACCUGCUGUGUAUCUCUCUCAUCGUUUUAUAACGACACUAUUGUGAACUGCCCAACGUGCUCUUGUGGCUGCCAAAACAAUAUUACUCGUCCAGGAAGCUGUGUAAAUGACAAUUCGCCUUAUUUACAAUCUGCCAUCAAUGGCCCUGGCAAAUUAACUGGCCAGCCUCUUGUCCAAUGUACUUCCCACAUGUGCCCGAUAAGAAUCCAUUGGCAUGUGAAGCUCAACUACAAGGACUACUGGAGAGUGAAAGUCACCAUCACAAACUUCAACUACCGCAUGAAUUAUACAGACUGGAACAUGGUUGCCCAGCAUCCUAACUUCGAUAAUAUCACAAAGCUGUUCAGCUUCAACUAUAAGCCACUUACCCCAUAUGGAGGCCGCAUAAAUGACACCGCAAUGUUCUGGGGAAUGAAGUUCUACAAUGAUUUGCUCAAUCAAGCUGGCCCGCUUGGAAACGCGCAGUCAGAACUACUCAUGCGGAAGGACUCGGAGACUUUCACCUUCCAAAAAGGAUGGGCGUUUCCCCGGCGUGUGUACUUCAAUGGUGAUAACUGUGUCAUGCCAUCUCCCGAUGACUAUCCAUGGUUGCCUAGUGCAAGCCCUCUGACAAAACAACCAUGGACGCUCCCACUAUUGGUGUUCUGGACUGUGUUGUCUACUUUGCUGGCUUAUUACGUAUGA